AUGGUCUUCUGCGCGUAUUGCGGGAAGAGUUUCACCCGCAAGGAGCACUUGGAGCGACAUAUACCAAGCCACACUAAUGUCAAACCGCACCGCUGUGGAUCUUGCCAGCUCUCUUUCGCUCGAAGGGAUCUGUUGCAGAGACAUCACUCGACAUACCAUGAGGCCAGGGAUCCGGCGGAUCCGAUCCCAGGCGGAGUGCCGACUGUUGCCGGGCGGUCGCCGAUCGCGUGCCAAAACUGUGCCAAUGCGAAGACGGGCUGUGACAAGAGGGUGCCAUGCUCGAGGUGUGCUGAGAAAAAUCUGCCCUGCGCCGCCCGGUUCGCGAGGCGAUCUUCCAAGAUGGCUUCCCGAGUCGCGCAAGCGAGGGCUGCGUAUCCGACCACAAUGACCCAACCGACGCAGCAAGUGACGUUGCCCGGGAUUCACCCCUCCUAUCUAGAGGAACAAAACGGAGUGAAAGGGGAAAAUGUCAAGUCUCCCUCGGCCAUCGAGGUCGCCAUCGCUGGCGAUCGUCUUCCAGAUGGCCUUCCGGUCGGAUCUCCGCAAAAGGGCUCGCCCCAUUCGCACAUAAGCCCGCGCGAAUUCCCAUCGCCUCAUACACGGGUCGAUGGCAACUUGGACGAGUUUAUGCAACAGAUGAGCAACGACUUACAGGGUCCCGAGGCGCCAUACCAGGAUUACAUUGCGUGGCCGCCCGAGUACCAGGUAGAGUUGGAUUUGUAUCCGAAUGCCAUACCGCUUGCCCGAGCCGAUAUCUCAAUGCCAACGUUCCCGGAGCUCAGCGACAUGUCCUCGCUGUCGGAACCCAUGACGACAUCAUCAUCGCGGGGUUCUAUGCACACGCGCGGAACGAGUAUCAUGUCGACGAGCGACUUCGAUAAUGUGCUCAAACCGCUGGAACUCGCCAUGGUGGCCCCGACAGAAAGCUCGAUUCCCGAGUUCCAGGUUGUCAUUGCAGCCGAAAGAGCCUGGAAUUUGGCGCGCUGCAAUCCGCCCGUGGACACGGCGACUUGCCCUCGGACGGCGAUCGUCCAUCUCGAGUGCCUAGAGCAAAAAUCGAAACAAGAGGGUACCUGGCGCUCUUUGGAGAAAUACUUGGAGCAAGCGGAUUGGGACGCGUCCGACUUGGCAUCCGUUGUUCCUCUAACCUCGCGGACACGUGAUAAGAUGCUCGCCAUCACCCAGAGCUUCCUGCAUAAAGCUCUCGAGAUCCACCGCGGGGGCUUCAACGGCUACCCCAAGUCGGCGAUAUCCAGCCCGGGCGAUUUCAACUUUAUAGUUUUGCCUCCUUCUCAAAUCCUCGAGUAUUUCCUACGCAGCUAUGUCCGCAGCUUAUCCGUGUACUACCCCUUGGUCACGGGAUGCGUGGAUCCCAACGAGAUGCUGCAGAACAACCAGGCAUCUACACUGCUUGUGCUUCUCAUGAUUGCCCAGGGCGCCGCUGCGAUGCCCAUGGCUGAAGCCCGCUACCUCUCGGCUGGGCUGACGGAAACAUGUCGCAUCUCCCUCUUCGACAUUGUCGAGAAAGAUGUGGAAUUGUCCGCGGACCCCACUGCGCUUCGCGCCGCCAUGCUCUUCAUUGUGCUCGGCGCUUGGAGCGGAGACAAGUGGCUUAUGGACAUCGCCAUGGGUCAACGCGGCAUGUACAUGUCGAUGCUCAAGCAUGCUGGCAUGUUGGACCCGCAACCGCUGAUAAUCCCGUCCUUCACCGACUCGGCCAACACGGAGCUCCAGUGGCGAACCUGGGUCAAUCGGGAGACACGGAAUAGGUUGGUGUACAACUACGUCAUGUUGGAUCAGGAGCUCAGCCUCUUCCACGACACGGCGCCGUUAUUUGCCGUCACUGAACUUCAGUGCCCACUACCCGGUCCCGAGGUACUCUGGCUAUCAGCAAACUCGGAGCAGUGGCUCACAGCCAUGCAGUCGGUGUAUGGCUGCACCGCCAAUGUCAACCCUCAGCUUCUCAGCGGCCCGUCAAUAACGCCAUCUCUAUAUGAUCUCUUCCAAGACUUUCUGCAGGAUAACCUCUCUCGGCGACAGGGCAGCGUCUCCCCACAACAAUUGAGGUUGAUUCUCCACCCGCUUCAGUCGCUCCUGUGCCAUCUCCGUCAAAUGCUCUCGUGCUUCUCCGAUAUUGUGGGCACACGGCGGACCAGCGCAUGCACUUUCACCAAAGCCUCGACACAGGUCAGGCUGGAAGAGGUGCAGGCGCUGUUGCAAAAAUGGUACGAGCUGACGCUGGCCUACAGCAAAGCGCACCCGGGGUGCCCCGUCACCCGAUGCAAUCUGGUUCUCUACCAUCUAAUCUCCCUCAAUGCCGUCACCAACUUUCUGGAAAUAGAGCGCCUGGCCCGUCGCGAGGGCUUUGACGGCUCUUACUGGGAGCUGUCCCUCCGCUACAAACGCUGCAUCUUUCAGCGUGAGGAGGCCAUUUUCCACUGCGGCCAGAUCUUCCGCCUCCUGCGGCAGAUGCCCAACGACCGCCGCCCGGCAUGGUGGUCAGCCGCCAUGUACCGCGCGACGCUGAUCCUCUGGACCGACAGCAUAUCAAAGCUCGACCCCAACUUCCAGACCGACAAGCGCGACAACACCGGCGCCGUGAGCCCCAGGCAGGUCGUCAUCGACCAGGCCGUGCCCGAGGACCCGGCCCUGGUCGCCUUUGCCUGGAACGGCGAGGGCGUCGCCAAGCUGACGCGGCGCGACGGUUCCACCAUGACGCUCGACGCGCCUGCAGACAUAUUGUCGUACGCGGUGCAAAACAUUGAGGCGGGGUUCAGCUCCCGUCUUGGGGACGGCAUCAAGCGGAAGCUUAUAGAGCUGGGGAAGAACUGGAAUGUGGAUUCCAUAGGCGACCCGACGUCGUGUGGUGGUGCUUCAUAA